CAGAGAGCAGGAUGUGGCCCCUUUAUUAUCCUUCACUGCUGACAUUUUCAGGCGCCUAGUCCUAGCCUUUCUUCGGGACAACUUUGGUUUUCUGCUAAGGGCCAAAUGUGAAGACUGGCUUAAGUAUCCUGGAUCCAAGAAAGCUCGCCAGACCUCUGCCGGGAGUGCCAGAGCCUUGCUGAGGGAGAGAGGAAAAAAUAGUUUUUAAAUUCUCCAUGAAGUGUAUACCAUGUUCUGCCAUUCAUUACCAAAGCCGCUGGAAGCAUUGCUCUCAGGAAAGGUGGAGCGGGUGGUGAGAAGCCGGAGGUGAGAAGACACCUGGGAGGACAGACUAAUCCACUUCCUGCAUUUCCUAUGUAAGGACAGUGUUAGAGCCGGCAGGGCUUUGAGACGCCCUGAAGAUGAGCACCAACAGCAGUACGGUGGGCCAGCUCCUCUGGCAGGGGCCCGUGUGCACUGGCUGGAAGCAGGAUCUGGAAGGAGCUGUCUACCAUCUGGCGAACUGCUUCUUGCUCCUGGGCUUCAUGGGGGGGAGUGGGGUAUAUGGAUGUUUCUACCUCUUUGGCUUUCUGGGCACAGGCUACCUGUGCUGUGUGCUAUGGGGCUGGUUUGAUGCCUGUGGCCUGGACAUUGUCCUCUGGAGUUUACUGCUGACAACAGCCUGCCUGCUCCAGCUGGCACAUCUGGUAUUCCGCCUGCACGAGGACACCCUCCCUGAGGAGUUCGAUCUCCUCUACAGGACACUGUACCUGCCCCUGCAGGUGCCCUUGCAGGCGUACAAAGAGAUUGUUCACUGCUGCGAGGAGCAGGUCUUGACUCUGGCCACUGAGCAGACCUAUGCCGUGGAGGGCGAGACGCCCAUCAAUCGCCUGUCCCUGCUGCUCUCUGGCCGGGUUCGUGUGAGCCAGGAUGGGCAGUUUCUGCACUACAUCUUUCCUUACCAGUUCAUGGACUCUCCUGAGUGGGAAUCGCUGCAGCCCUCUGAGGAGGGGGUGUUCCAGGUCACUCUGACUGCCGAGACCGCAUGCAGCUACAUUUCCUGGCCCCGAAAAAGUCUCCACCUUCUUCUGGCCAAAGAGCGAUACAUCUCCCGCCUCUUCUCGGCCCUGCUGGGCUAUGACAUCUCGGAGAAACUCUACGGCCUCAAUGACAAGCUCUUCGCUAAGUUUGGGCUGCGCUUUGACAUCCGUCUACCCAGCCUCUACCACGUCCUGGGUCCAGCUGCCCCAGAUCCAGGGCCGGAGUCCACCGAAGAGGAUGAGGACGUCCAGGAGGCAGCUGGGGCCCCACCUCGCGCCACGCCCACAAGUGUCCGGCCAGCGCCCCCUUCCUCUCCCACUCCAGCUGCCGCUGACCCUCCUGCACCUCCUUCCCGGGCCAGAAUGUCCCGGCCCGACAGCGGCAUCCUGGGUGAGGACUCCAGCAGUCUGGUGCUGGAGGAUUUUGAGGAGGUGUCAGGAUCAGAAUCGCUCAUGGAUUAUAGGAGUGAUGGGGAAUACAUGAGGUGAGGGGAGAACUAAUAUGGGCGCGGCCACGCUCAGGAUCCCGUCUUCUAGAACUCCUCCCCAGAGCGGUUCUCAAGUUACGUCGAUGGGACAGGCCCCCUUGGCUCCAGUCCACACUCCUGAACUUUGAGGAUCAGUGGACCAUCCAUACUGUGGAAUAUUAAACAUCCAGUGAAUAAAUUCAAUGUAUGUAUAGCACCAGGAAGGCUAUUCAUGAUAUAUUGUUAAAUGACAAAUGAAAAUUGUAGAGUUAUAUGUGUGCUAUGAUUUCACUUUUGUCAAAAACCCAUUUCAUGUAUAUAUAUAUUUGUAUUAACUUGGAGAAAUGUGUGGAAGGACAUACACCAAGCUGUUAACAUGGAUUACCUCAGGGCUAUGGCAACUAUAAGUCUAUAGUUUGACUUGUUACAAUGAACAUGUAUUACUUUUGUAAUUUUUAAAAUAUACAUAGUAAGGUGGGGUGGAUUUGGUGGGAGGAAUUAAUAUGAAGGCCAAGAUUGAGAAGAAAUCACCAAUCUGCUUUAAAUGAAUCCUGAUACCCAGACCCUGAAUCACAGUCACGCUUUAGAAAGACCUUGUGGGAUGACGGGGGUCUUUGUUCAAUAAUUACGAAAUAAUCCCAAAGAGAAGAGAGUUAGGAGCUGGUGAGUACAUUUGCUCCACCAACCAAAAAGAGAAAGCAGAGAUUCCUGAAAUUAGAGAUCAGGAAGUCUGAUGCUGAUUCCCAGCAAAGUCCAGGAACAAAUUAUUAAAACUGUGGCUUGUAUAUACUUAGGAAAUAAAGUAGCAAUUCCUAGGAGCCUGCAUGGGUUCCUGGGAAUCAAGUCAUGCUAAAGUUAAAUUAAUCAUAUUCUGUCUUAAAUCAGGGGGUCAUUAUAAAUAUAAAGUAUUGAAACUUUUCUCAUAAUAUGUAAGUAGUCAAGAUUAACAUGCGUUAGGAAUGUAUAUGAAGGUUCAUCCGCAGAGCACUGAUUAAUCUUAAGGAUGUUUCUGAAGGUAGGACUCCACCCUUGACCUUCUUCUCCGUUCAAGUUCUUGGCUAUAGAUGUAGAAAAGGAGUCUAUAAAAGUGUCAUAUAUAAAUAUACAUAUAUAUUAUAUAUGUAAUAAAAUGUAAAUAAUAUAAAAAUUACAUAAAGCUUGGAGGGAGAGAUCAAUAUUCUUGAGGAUAAAAUCAGGAUAUGGAAAAUUCCUGACAACUUGGAGAGACUACAACAAUAAUAUGUAAUAAAAUCGGGUUACAUGGAAAGUUAAAUCACGUUCAAACAAAAAUCAACUCCCCAAGAAAGAUUUCAAGCUGGAUUAAGAAGAAUAUAGCUUUUUAAAAGAGUUGUAGUUAAUCUCAACUGACUCUUGGGCUGGAUUAGUGGAGAAUGACAAUGAAGAACAAGUGAAAAUGUCCUCCUGCUAUGUGCUCUGUGGGGCUACGGCUGUCUGUCACCUGGGACACUGAGCCCAGUCCUGGGCUGUGGUACGAACUGAACAUCUUCGGAUUAGAGAGAACCGAGGGAAGAAGGCUCUGGAAAUCCUACUGGUCCUGCCACUUGAGGGCAGGAGCUGAGUCUCUUGUUCAUUAUUUUUCCUUCUUUCCUGGAAUACUUAGCACAAUGUCUUACGCAUGGUGGUGAAUCUAUUGAAUUACUUCUGUAAUAGUCUCUGCUCAUAAAAAGAUCUCAGCAGAGGUCGCGAGUGACGUGGAUGUGACACCCAAACUCUGCCUUUGCUCUGCCAUCGAGCAGAGUUUCUUGUUAGCAUCUCCCUUUUUCCUAUCCCUACACGUAUCCCACCGACCUAAAGCCAGGUUUCCCAAAGUGUGGGCGGUGUACCCCACAUUGAGCAAGGUGGUUUUAAGGCAUUACAUGGGGAGAUUGGUAUUCAUGUUUUGUCUUUCAACCCACUGCUUACAUAGAGAAGAAAGUCUCUGGUAUUGAUAAGUUUCUGACAUCUCUCUCAUACUUGCUAAUCUUCCCUUCUUAAUAAGAACAAGACAGGCCUAGGGCAUUGAGCCUUCAGCGAGCCACAACAUCCAGUUGAAAGUUUAAACAGUGUUCUCAUGGUACUUAUUUUUAGGAUUAACAUAUGAAAAGGGAAACUGGUUUUCCAUUUAUGGUAAUAUCUAAAUUUUCUGAUGGAAACCGAAAUAAAAUGUAAGAGUCUGAAAGCUCUUUCAAGUGUGCAUAUAUUGACCAAAGCAACACAAGGUCAUGCCUGAAAGCAAAACUGAAAGUAUGAAGAUGGGGAAAACAGCAGGUCACCUCCGUGCAACGCCAACUUGCAUGAAAGAACAUCAUCUUGACCACAGAAGCAUAAUAUAAUUUACAUGCCCUUUGAAACAACAAGCAGCAGGGAAAGCUAAGGAAGAACGGUGUGCUGAGCAAUGUCUCACAGGCUGACAAACAUGAAGCCUAAGGAAUGGGACAUGCAGGCUGAUAUAGCUCAGGGUAAGACUGCCUUGCUGGGAACCCAGGUGGAGUAAAGGGAGGGGGUAAAGAAAAGAGGGGUUUGGGUUUUGAAAAAAUAAAAAAGAGCUCCACGCCUGCCUAUUGGGGAACAUCUUGGUUCUUCAGGCAUGUCAUUCUCCUACUGACUAUGGUGGCCAGUGCAGAACAUAAAGCAUGUAUGUGAGUAUUGUGCAAAAGAAUAUAAAUGGAGCCACUUUAAAAUGGAGUCAGAGCUGCCAUCCCAAGGAACUGAACUGAACUCUGCACACCUGACUCUUCAAGACUUUGGAAUGUUAGGACUGGGCAAAAUGACAUUUGGACUGGGUCUAAAACAACAUCGGAUCCCAAACAACUGUUUGGAAACACAGUAAGAAAGCAGACAUUAUGACUACCAAACUCGUGCUCGCUUCGGCAGCACAUAUACUAAAAUUGGAAUGACUACGAAACUAAAAAUUAAAGACACUCUUUAGAAUUAGCAUCACUAUUUGAGCUUAUCUGCAUUUACAGAAAUUCUUUGCUUCCAUUCAUGUAAUUUUCCCCCUUCCUUUUAUCAUAAAUACUUCUUGCCUUCAUUUCCUCAUUGAAACACUAUUUGGGUUUCUGCCUGAAUCACUGCUUCCCGAAUAGCUAUUCUUUUGGAUCUCAAAUAAAUGCUUGUUGCCUGUCACUUUGGCUUUU